CAAAUCCCACGUAAACGCUAGCAAAAGCCAAACCAAACAGUCUAGCCCACCCUUUGGGGGAGUAUAAUUCUCAAGCUAUCGUGAAAAUUCACAGCCAACAGAUCGAAUUCUGAUCCACAAUAAUGAUGAUAUUUACGUGCCGGAUUAAUUCGGAUCUAAAACUGUCGCACUCAAACACAUCGAGGAAAAUCCCUUCAGUUGUGAGUCAGCGUGGAAAGUUUCCCAUUUUCAACGCGUGCGGUCGUCGAAACAAAUUGGACUUGAAAGCGAACAAUGUUGUCUUGCUUCCAUUUGCUGUGAAGGUCUUACUAACGUCUUUUUUUGUGAAAAACAGCAUUCCCAGUGGAUGAUUUUACUACGACGGGUUACGGGCGGCUCGUGUUUCGCAUCAUUAUUUGUAAAACCCUGACCGUUGCGAACAAACAACCGUUGGCCUACCAAAGCAACCAAAUACCAAACCGACCGUCAGACUUUGUGUGACACAGUGUCGCAGAAGCAAAAAGAUAAAGAAAACCCCCUCCCCGUACAAUCCACCUGAUUCUUAAGUGAGCAAGUGAGCUCUGCUCGGUACAAAUUAUUUUCGGUUGCCGUGGCGAUCGCCCUCUACUACCACAUGCAAGGCGGGCGCCUAUUUAUAGGCCCGACUUAAACUCGCGCACAUCCGGGGAGCAUCGUCGUGAGCAUGGAACGUUCGCCGGCUGCCUGAUCCUUCCAUCGUGCACAGCGACACAGCAGUGUAUAGCGCUCACUUUGCGCGACCACACCAAAUCGACACCGACACCUUCGACCACGUGAUGAUGAUGUACGCGUAAUUAAAACUGAAGCUACUGCGAAAGAUUGCGCUCGUGCACUUGCGGAGAAAUUUUAGCAAAACAGAGCCGUAUCAAACAGCGCACACUACAGAUCUGCGUAUCGCGCGCGCAUACCACGGACAAUGUACAGCCAGCAACGACGGUACAGCAUGACGAUGGUCGUCUUCGUUCGCCGGGUGCUCCUGCUGCUGGCCACUGGAAUUACGAUUGCCAGUGGCAGUGCCAGCUACAGCAUGGUGGAUCCACAGCGUGUCCUCAGCAGCGUUGGCCUCAAUGUUGGCGCCAGUUUCGGCACGGGAACGGCCACCGUCGGUGGGACGGGCAACGAGCUCGCCGUGACCCUGCCAAAGGCUGCAACGGAACUGUUGCAGGCCACUGCUGCUGAUGCCGUUGCCGCAGCUUCCGUAAGAGACAGCACUGACCUUACGUCAACGGCACCCUCGGUGUACAAUGGCACCGGGAGUAACGCCACCGACAGCAACGACGCUUUAUGGAGCAAAUACGUCGUCCGGUCCGGAUACGUGCUGCCGGUCGAUCCACUGUUUGUGGCCAAAAUCAAUCCCUUCUGGCUGCGGUUCGAUCCACCGUCGGCCGGCGAACACUACGGGCUGGCCGUAUUCUACUUCCUGAUGAUGCUGUUCGGCGUUAUCGGCAACGCGCUGGUCGUCUUUAUGUUCUACAGGUAUCGGUCAUUGCGUACUCCUGCCAACUAUCUCGUCAUCAACCUAGCGGUGGCUGACUUCAUCAUCAUGAUGGAAGCUCCAAUGUUCAUCUACAACAGUAUCCACCAGGGUCCAGCACUUGGAUCGAUUGGAUGUACGGUGUAUGCGCUGAUGGGAGCCGUCGGUGGAACGGUCGCGAUCGCUACCCUCACCGUCAUCUCGAUCGAUCGCUACAAUGUGGUAGUGUACCCGCUGAAUCCGAACCGCUCCACCACCAAGCUAAAGUGCUACUUCCUGAUCGCGUUCACCUGGGCGUACGGGCUGCUGUUUGCCAGCUUCCCGGCGCUCGAGAUCGGGCUGAGCCGGUACACCGCCGAGGGCUACCUGACGGCCUGCAGCUUCGACUAUCUCGACCGCACGUACAAGGCGCGCGUCUUCAUGUUCGUGUACUUUGUGUUCGCCUGGCUGAUCCCGUUCGCGAUCAUUAGCUACUGUUACGCCCGCAUCCUGAUCGCGGUCAUCAACGCGAACGCCAUCCAGUCGAGCAAGAGCAAGAACAAGACGGAGGUGAAGCUGGCCGGUGUGGUGGUCGGCAUUAUUGGGCUGUGGUUCGCCGCCUGGACGCCGUACGCGGUGGUCGCGAUGAUGGGCGUGUUCGGGUACGAGCAGUACCUGACGCCGCUCAACUCGAUGAUACCGGCGGUGUUUGCGAAGAUUGCGGCCUCGAUCGAUCCGUACUUUUACGCCAUGAACCAUCCGCGCUAUCGGCAGAUGCUGGAGCGCAUGUUCUGCAACCGGGGUGCCGAUCAGGGCAACUCGCAGUACCAGACGUCGCACUACACGCGCGGUGCAUCGCGCGGUGGUGACUCGGAGGGUGGUGGUGAAGAGUCCGGCGGCGGUGGUGGUGGUGGAGGUGUUGGUCGUGCUCCCGGCGGUGGUAAUGCUGGUUUGGGACGCGGUGGCACUGUCCGUGGUGGUGGUGGUGGUGGUGGACGACUGAUCGCGGGCAAGGGUGGUGGAGGAGCAAACGCGACCGGCAGCAACGGAGGCGGCGGUGUCAAGGCACUCAAGAAGCAGAUCUCCAAUGGCGACGAAACAUCGCUCGAGGUAUCGCUCGAGAUGUAACAGUGCUGCCGGCGAGGAGUUCAGCUCCUUCGCGUGACGGACGACUACGAAAACAGUGCCUUCGUGUAGAGAGAGAGAGAGAAAAGAGAAAGGAAGAGAGUAACAGUGUAGUAGCAGAACACGGCGCCGAGUUAAAGGGUAAAGUUGGCUGGAGAACGAGAAGAGUCUGGUAAUUACGGGCGGCGUUGGCGAAUCAAAGCGCGUUGGCGUGAGAAAGAAAUGGCGCACCAAUGGAGGUAGGAAUUAACGAGAGGAAUCAUUUUCCGCUUAAAACAGGCAAAACGGGGUUCGUGUGCUUCCUGGAAAAGAUGUGUAAAAGGAGGAGGAAGGAAAAUCCGCAAAACGCUCGGAUAGGGCCGGAGAACGAAACCCUUGGAGUGAGGAAAGUCAUACACACACACACUUGAAUAUUGCGUAUCACACACGUGCGUCUGAUUGAAUUGUUUUAACGCGCGAGGUUUUCCUUUAUUGCGCACUCUUUGGUCUUUGGCUCGGUAAUUGUGUACGGCCUACGCGAAAGCACCGGUCGGUAAGCGAUUGCUUCUCACCCACAGACACACACACACACCCCGUGUGAUGGAUUCUUUAUGGUAAAAUCACUAAACCGGUGUGUUCUGUGUUGUUCGCUCUUGCUCGAGAUGGGUCGUAAAAUAACACAUUGUUUUCGCCACCAUCAAACACUUGCUUGUUUUUUUGGGUGUGUGGCACAGCGUUUUCCUUCCUUUUUUCCAAGGAAAAACUUUUCCAGCUUACGCACAGAUUGAUUGUUAGUUGCUUUCCUUAGCCGGUACGGUGCGCCGUUAGCCUACGCGGACGUUGCGCUUUUUUAUGCUUCUGUGUGAUCUGGUCAAUCCGGUUCGAAGGACCAAAAAGUGGCAGGAAGUGGUAAUGGAGAGCACAGGGAAAAUAGCGCCACACAAGGCGCAGAAUAGCAACAAUAGUAUUUUGGUGAAUCUAUUACGUGUUUUUUCCCCCAGCCCACCUCACUCUCUCUUCUACGUGGUUUUUUUUUCUUUCUCGUCGUCGCGUACUCGCGCAAUCUGUUAUACCAUCCGUUAUUUAUCGACGUGCGUACGAUAACGAGGAAGAGAAGGGAGGGGAAAGAGGAGAUGGCGAAGAGGCAUACCAAGCGAUCCUGAGUGAAAAACAAAUGAAACAGUGUGUGUGAGAGUGAGUGAGAAAGGGAGAAAGACACCCCCCCUCCCAUCCCACACGUUCUUAGAUAGGAGGGGGUACACUCAGCAGGGAGGGAAAAGCGGCCGGACAAAACGGUGACACACGCACACACAGAAGCGUCACGGCGCGAACAAUCGGGGUGGCGCAAAACAUGAUUAAGUGGUUGUUUUCUUGCUCGCCCGGUGCAAAAGUUCGGACCGGAAGUUAUCAUGCUAAGUGAAAGUCGCGCAAGAAAAAAAACACGAAAGAACAAAAAACACAAUCCCCUUGACGUGGUAACAACACGGGCCACGCGAUACUAACCUUUGCUUAACCGUCCGCGGUUAACAGUGGCAGAAAGUUCACUACCCAUUCCCCCUCCCUUUCGUUUCCUUUUAACGGGGGGAGGGGGAAGUAGUUUCCCUGUAUCAUGCAUAUCUUGUCUCUCUCUCUCUUCCCCUCGUUCUCGUGUGUUGUGUUCUACGAUUAAGCCAUUGCAACAUAACGUCGAAAUGGUUCUGUUACUAACCGGAAUAAAAUGGCAACGUAUGUACGCGGUGUGUGUGGUGUGUAGUGGUCGUAAAUCUUACUGCCAGCAGACACUUCUUGCAGCAGUUGUGGGGGCAGCAAAAAGAGAGAACCAUUCUGGCGGCGGCACUUGUGACACCAACCACCACCACCACCACCACCGUCUCCAACUGUUAUAAAGGGCCAACUGUUGGAAUGAAUAUUCAUUCCGGUGUAGUUCGUUUAUCGAUUGAAGGGCAGGACAGGACAGGACAGGACGGCCAUGUGAUGACACUCUCGCGGUUUUGGCGUCUCACGAGACGUCCUCGUUCAUUCGUGCGGUGUAGGUUGUUAUUUUUAAAACACAGCAUCUAAGCUUUAUAUUUGUUAAACACUGUUAGCUCACCAACAACGAACAAUUGAGAAACAUACACACACACAACCACACAGAGCAACAUAGAUCUCGUAUCGCAUCGAUGUUAUAUUUUCCCGCAAAGCUAGAUCAAUUACAAGUAGAGCAGUUGUUGCUAUGGUUAAUAAACACCCGUUUUUAAAUGUCCAACGGAUGAGGCAGACGAAGAAGAAGAAGAAUAAGAAGAAGAAGAAGAAUAAGAAGAAGAAGAAG